UCCAGAAAAGCUCAUGUCGAAAAUAAAGUUGAAGGAAAUGUUUUGUUUUUUUUAUUUGACAUCUGCUAAUAUAUCUGCCAGACAACAGGUGUGCCAAUUACUUGACAAUGGAGAUUGUGAAAUAUAAACUAGGUAAUUUUUUCCCUGUUUAAUUUUCAGGAAAUAAGCUAUUAAUAAUCACUAAUAAUCUUUUUUGCUAUUUUCUUACACCUGGGCAAUAAGUUCAACAUGUUUCACAUUUACCUCCAAAUAAAGGCUUAGGCAAACAGAACAGUUCAACUAAAUAUAUUUCUAGUUUGAAGAACUAAAACGAAAUCCAUGUUAAAUUUGUGUUUUUUCUUUCAGGAAAAAAGUUAUGCAAUUUUGGGUAAAUUUCAAAAACCUUUUGUUUUUUUUACUCAUUGGUAUGUCCUACUUUGAUUGGCAGAUUUGUUAACUUUAUAUAAGUUGUUGAAGUAAUUGGUGCUAAAAUGUAUAUGUGUUAUUGUUUAAGAUAAACAUACUCGUUAGUAUUUUGCUCAAGACAAACCUGCCUUUACCAAUAUGGCGGAAGCGCGGACGUGUUUCUACAGGGCAACAAAAGCGAUGUUGUUUUUACUCUUUAUUUGUAUGGUUGUAUUAAGCUAACGUCCAUGGCUAAAUGUAAUUAUCCGAAAUUAUAACUAGUUAAUAAACACGUUUUAUCUAUUAUUUUAAAAAACCGUAAUGGCGAUCCCGAGUCGUGGUGUAAGUGUUAUCGUAGAAGCGUAUCUCGCAUGGGCGGUCUCACUCAACUAGCGAUGUUGGUAGCACACUGUUAACAUUGGUCCACCCGCACAAAUAGAGCGAGUGCUAAAUUCAACAAACCGGAAACUGGUCAUCCAUUGCCGUGCCUGGCUCCCACAAAAACAUGUCCUGACUCUGAAUCGCACUCAAAACAUUCAUUCGGUUCCUUCUGUUCAUAGGAAAAGGAAAAGCUACAUGUGGUGCGUUCCCUUGUCCUGAAAUUCAUAAUGGCACAGAGCAUUUUAUUGGAGGUGUGCGUGGAUUCCGUGGAGUCUGCUGUCAACGCUGAGCGAGGAGGUGCUGGUCGACUGGAGUUGUGUUCAAGUCUUAUGGAGGGAGGUCUCACUCCCAGUCUCGGUCUUCUACAGGUGGUUAAGCAGUAUAUCAAAAUUCCGGUCUACGUAAUGAUACGGCCUCGAGGUGGGGACUUCCUUUAUUCUGAUCAAGAAGUGGAAGUGAUGAAGAAGGACAUCGAGCUGAUGAAGACGCAGGGAGCAGAUGGCGUAGUGGUAGGCGCCUUGACAGAGACUGGAGGGGUGGAUGCAGGUCUCUGCAUGGAGCUGAUAGCUGCUGCUCGUCCUCUGCCUUUGACCUUCCAUCGAGCUUUUGACAUGACCUACGACCCAGCAGUUGCUCUGGAGACUCUGAUAUCGUUAGGAUUCGAGAGAGUGCUGACAAGUGGCUGCGACAGCUCGGCUUUGGAGGGGCUGCCCGUUAUUAAACGGCUCAUUGAUCAAGCCAAAGGGAGAAUAAUUGUAAUGCCAGGUGGUGGUAUUACAGAGAGGAACCUGCAGAGAAUACUGGAGGGCUCUGGAGCCGAGGAGUUUCACUGCUCAGCUCGCUCCAGCAGAGACUCUGCAAUGAAAUUCAGGAACACCAGUGUAACGAUGGGAGCUACGAUGUCAGCGCCUGAGUACAGCCUGAAGGUGGCAGAUACCAGCAAAGUCCGGAGUCUGAACGCAAUCACCAAAAAUACCUUGUGAUACCUCAAAAAGAUGGAACAGUUUUUUUUUCAUACAUUGAUUUUCAAAUGGCCUCAGUGUUAGUUUUCUUUAAUCAGAGCAUUAACAUUUAAACAGUUGUUUAUUUUUGCAGCUCAGGGAGAGCACUGCUGUCUUACAUGCUGUUACUGAAGGUUUAUUACUGAACAAAAAGCUGUGGAUCAUUCACAGGUGUGUUCUGAAGUGCAGAAAAAAAAACAGCAUUUCACACAACAUUGUGGGAAAACUGAAAAAACAGAGACAUAAAACUACAGUUGAACAAUUUAAACAAAGAAACAAAUUCAUAAUGAAAGUACAUUCAGUGCAAUGUUGGAAUUGUUUUGUUUCCUUAGCUGUGUCCUUUUCUGUUUUUGAUUUUUUAUUUAGCUGUUUUCUUCUGCUGCCAUUGUGUUUUGCACAUUUUGAUUGAACCAUUUUUGAGCUAAGAUGUGUGGAAAGGUUUAAAUCUCCGGGUUUGAUUUGUAAGGUAAUAAAUAUGAUCAGAUCUGUGGAUCUGAGAAAAAAAAAAGAUAUUCUA